AGAGAGGGAGGGAAAGAGAGAGAGAGAGCUCUUUCAGACCGAUUAUAAACAGAAAAGAGAGGGAGAGGGAGGAAGACAGAUUAAACAGACUGAACACAACUGUUGUUUUAAUCCCCUGAGCGGAUAGAUUUAGAGGAAAAAAACUACUGGUUUGGGGAAGAGCAGCCAUAUUGCAUGGACCUUUGGUGGAAUAACAAGACUAGAAAUACAAGGACUUCAGGAGCGGACGCUACUUGCGACUCUCUCCUAUUUAUUAUUUAUUUGUUUUGUUUUUAGAUAGUGUUAACCAACAACUCGAAAGAUGAAGGACCGACUGGAGCAACUAAAGGCGACAUGCGAUCAUGAUGAUGAAGAUGUUGAGAUCGCCGUGGACAAUCCUGCCUUUAUGGAUGAGUUCUUUUCCCAGAUUGAAGACAUCAGGCACAGCAUUGAUAAGAUCGACGAGAAUGUGGCCGAAGUGAAGAAACUUUACUCAGUUAUUCUUUCUGCACCAACAUCUGACCAGAAAACACAGGAUGAUUUGGAGGCACUUACUAAUGAUAUCAAGAAAAUGGCCAACAAUGCUCGUAACAAACUAAAGACCAUCGAAAGGAAUCUUGAGAUGGAAGAAGUGGAAAGAGUAUCGGCUGACAUGAGAAUACGCAAAUCACAGCAUGCUGUACUUUCCAGGAAGUUUGUUGAUGUGAUGACCAAAUACAAUGAAGCUCAGUUGGACUUCAGAGAGAAAAGCAAAGGUCGCAUUCAGAGACAAUUAGAGAUCACUGGUAAAUCCACAACUGAUGAGGAGCUGGAGGAGAUGCUGGAGGGAGGAAAUGCAGCCGUUUUCACAGCAGGGAUUGUGGAUUCAGGGAUUUCCAAACAAGCGCUGAGUGAGAUUGAAGCGCGUCACAAAGACAUUGUGCGUCUGGAGAGCAGCAUAAAGGAGCUGCAUGACAUGUUUGUGGACAUCGCCAUGCUGGUGGAGAGCCAGCAUACUUGUCUCUCUUCCUCUUUGUUCAAACUCGUUCUGUUGGUUGCUAAGCCGUAUGCAGCUGCUCAGACUGACUUCCCAUCAGCCCUCUCUCUCACAUGGUGGUAUGAUUGAGAGGAUUGAGAACAACAUGGACCAGUCAGUGGGUUUUGUGGAGCGGGCGGUUGCUGACACUAAAAAAGCUGCUAAAUAUCAGCAGGAGGCUCGACGUGUGAGUUCAUGAUGAAUAUCAGGCCCCGCCCCCUCCGCCCCCUCCGCCCCCUCCGUCCCGCCCUGCCUCUCCUUACUGUGUCCCACUGACGUCACGCGCACACAAACAAACCCAAUGAUUAUUACUAAUCCUGAUACGCCCUGAAACUUUCCAUUACAGGAUUUCAGUGUAUCUCAGAUGAUGAAAAACAAUGUUAAUCCACAUGUGUUCAAUUAACAGCAACAAAAAUGUUGACACACACAGCUGAGAAGGACACUUUUUAACAAAGCCGUUCUGUCUUAAAAUGUGAGAAAUGGUUUUUUUUUUGGUGCAAGUGAAAGUUAGCAUUGGUUUAUCGGUCACCUCCAUUCAUGAAGUCAGGGGUUUGUUAGAGUUUUACCGCUUUAUACAGAUAAAAUAACAGAAAAAACGUGCAUGUGUACAAAAAUACUCCGCCUCUGAAACUACUUCUCUCUGUUGUCAUUGUUCAGGUACAAAAGAUUUUCAUAUUAAAAUUAAAGGAACACUCCACCCAGAAAUGGAAACGGUCAUUAUUUACUCAUGUCGUUCCAAACCUGUAUGACUUCCUCUCUUCUGGAACACACUAUAAUAUAUUUUGAGGGAUCCAUUGACUUCCAUUGUAUGGGCAAAAUGAGUAUGAUUAUUCUCAAAAUGUCUUAUAUGUUGCACAGAAAAAAGAAAGUCAUGCAGAAAGUUAAUUUCUGGGUGACUGUCCCUUUAAAUAUAUAGUAAUAAAACAAAAUAAAAUAAAUAAUAUAUAAAAAUGAGUUAUGUAUAGAGGCAUGAAAAAAAGAGCUACAAAGAAUACAAAAGUAAUAGAAAUUAAUCAAAACUGAAACAAGUAAUGAUUAAACAUGAAGGUUUAUAGUGCGUGGAAAUACAUUCAUCUGGAAAUACAUCAUAUUAAGAAAGCAAUUUGGGUUGAAAAUUAUGAAUAUGAUGAGCAUGCCAUAGUGGCGCACAAGCUUUCUUUCUUUCUUUCUUUCUUUCUUUCUUUCUUUUUUUUUUUAAAUGUGAAAAUAUUUUUGGAAUCUUCAAUGAUAGUUUUCUAGACAUUAAAGGUAUAAUUCACCCAAAAAUAAAAAAAUCUGUCAUGAAUUACUCGCCCUCAUGUUGUUCAAAACCUGUAAGACCUUCGUUUAUCUUCAGAACACAAAUUAAGAUAUUUCUGAUUAAAUCCGAGAGCUUCCCUCAAGAAAUUCUUGCAGAUUCAUAUAAUAAAGGUUGAACCACUGAUGUCCCAUGGACUUGUUUAACAAUGACUUUACUUUUCUGGGGCUUGAACGUGUCAGUUUCAUUGUUGUCUGUGGGAGGGUCAGAGAGCUCUCGGAUUUCAUCAAAAAUAUCUUACAUUAUGUUCUGAAGAUAAACAAAGCUCUUACGGGUUUGGAAUGACAUGUGGGUGAGUAAUGACAGAAUUUUCAUUUUUUGAUGAACCAACCCUUUGUCUUUUCCAUAAAUGCAAUACCUGAAAUGAAUAUCACAUACGAAUAUCUUUUCAUCAGAUAUCAUGUUUUGGAUCACUCUUUAUAUCCGAGUGAGCUGUUUAUUUGUUACUCAAAUGUUAAAGUAGAUGCUAACAGAUGUUUUUUUAUGUGUUUCUUCACAGAAAAUCAUUAUAAUAGUGUCUGUGGUUUUGGCAGUUUUGGCAGUUAUUGCUUUGAUAGUGGGUUUAUCUGUAGGUCUAAAACAAUAAAGGCUCUGGUGAGUAAAUUUCAGAGGAGCAUGUGUAAGGUUUGGGAAAGGGGAAUGGUGCGGGUGUUUGAUGUUACGCAGACAUGGAGCUGGUGACCGGGAUUUUAGCUGAUCUUCUCUAGUCUUCCUCAGGGGUGUAAAGCAUGCUUUCUCUGGGCUUUGGGAUCUCCCGAGCAUCCUUUUGUUUGGUUGUGUGAAGUUAGUUUUUAUGUUCUCUGUGCGUUUUGGUUCUUUUAGGCUCUGUUUGUUAUGGUGGUGAAGGGUUGAAGACUUUAGAUGUUUGCUGUUGGAUUAAUGGAUCGUGUUCUGUUUGGUCUCUUGUAGAAGAUGAUCAUACUGGGUGUGAUUGGUGCUGUGGUGCUCAUCAUCAUCCUCAUCAUCAUCCUCACACAGGUUCUAUGAUAACCUCUGUGGCUGCUCAUGAACUCUUUAUUAUUAUAGAAGAUCAUUUCCUCCACUCCUUUCCAUCCUCCUUGUUUUUCCUUGGAAGUACGUCAAGAUGAAAGCUCCGCCCCCUGCCCCUGAGGCCCCUCCCUUCAUCAGCACAAACCAAUGGGAAUCUACUCUGCUGGAACCCUAGUGGUGGUCAAGGAAACAGAUUGUGUUUUUUUUUUUUAAAGGACUUGAUGGGAAAUGUUGAAGGAACUUCUAUUACAUGCCAGGAAUGGCGUUUGAAGGAAGCACAUUUUAAAUCCAUGAGCACAGAAUAAAGGACUUUUAUGAGACUUAGAAAGGUAACCUCCAUUUUUUUAAGACACGUCUAUGGCUACAUCUGCUGGUUGAGCUACUGAACUGUUCCUGAUCAAAAGGGCUCUAUUUUGGAUCCCUGUGAAGUGAACACAAUAAGCUAAGUUUUGAUGGCUCGUCCAGAAUGGAAGAAAUCCACAUGUGUAUGUUUCUAAUGUGAUGAACGUUUGUAUGGGAAUUAACCAAAGGAAUAAAUUGCAUUAUAUGUUUUCUAAGUAUUUUGUUAACAUUUGAGAAAUUAAUGGAUGGAUUCCAUGGUAAUCAUUAUCAUAUAACUGUGAUUAUUUAUAUAAUAAAUCAUAUUUAUAUAUAAUUUCAUAUUUAGCAGUCAAUGAAUAUGGGUUUAUAUGUGAGUAUGGGUUCAGUAGUUACACUAUUAGUUAAACUGAUAUUCCCAGCCAUAAAAAAGAGGUUACAGACCAGCAAAAAAAAGAAAAAAGCUAAAGUGCUAAAUCGCAUUAUAAGUAUAACUUAGUUUGAGUGUGCCUUGUAAUAAAUUAUUAUAAAUUAAAUCAAAAUAUGUUAAUUUUUGGGCAAUUUGUAGUUGAAGAUCAGCUUUAGCUUGCAAAUAUCAUUGCACAACACAUUUAGAGCACUUGACUUCACUUUUUUUUUUUUUUUGGAUUACUAUGAUUUAUUUAGAGAUUUACCUCAGUUUGAACAAUGUGGUCCAAACAAUAUAAUUUUAUUUCUGCAAAUAAAUCUGAUUUUUAGAAAACGUUUUCUAGGGAUAGUACAUUAUGAAAGAAUAGGAUAUAUGACCAUGCCUUCAACGGCUGCAAAGAUUAAACCAAGCGUUGUUAAAUGAAACAGACAGAAGAUUGCAUCGUUCACACCCUGUGUAAAUAUAUUUACUUAGUCCAUUUAUGUAGAUAAAAAUUGUCUAAACUAAUAUAUUUCUAUAUUUAUACCAGUUUAAAGUGUUAGUUUUUUUGUAAAAUUAGAUUGGAUUCAGAUUAAAGUAUAAUCUGGCAUUCUCUCUCUCUCUCUCUCUCUCUCUCUCGCAAAAGAACUAAAUGUAAAAAAUCCUGUCAUCACCAGCGAACAAUGAAUCCUGGGAAAGUUCAUUAUUCCUAUCCUUCAUUGACCGGGAAACAAAGGAUGCAUUUUGAGGCAGCAUUUGACGGAGACUUUGAAUUGGGACAGCGUUCAUCGCACCGAUGUGAUGCAUCCGGUCUAAAAAUGCAGCCUCUUAAUUUAAGACACAAAUGUAUUCUCUAACUUAAGAUGUUUGUGAUGUCAUGUGACAUAUGAUUAUUUUUCUUCUCUUCUGGAAGAAAUACUGUAUCAGUAUCUGUGCUUUACCAGUAAUAUUCUACAUAUUUCUAAACAUGUUUGGUGGCAUGUCAUUCCAUGACAGUAGGUGUGUUAUAUUGUUGAAAUAUAUUGUUUGUCCUUGAACUAUCCUUUACUGACUGACACGGAGGCAGGUUUAUAUCAGGUAAUAUCAGCAGGUUUGUGAUCUGUACGCGUUUUCUUUGUGCAAGAAGCAGAAUCAUGUUGUUAGGAAGCACAGAAGAACUGCUUGUGUGGUUUGUAUUAUGAAAGUCCUCUACACCUGAUGGUAAGUGAGUGCUUGCUUUCUUAAAGACACAGACACACAGACCUUAAACCUAAACCUUUCCUUCGUUUUAUUCCUCUUUCUCCCUUCUGUUCAUUUUAAAAGAAUUGUGCAUGAUUUUUUAAAGCAACUUUUUAGUAGAUGUGAUCUGCUGUGUAAACUAAGAUUUAGUAGCAUUAAUUUAUUUCCUUUUUAAGUGCUUUUUCUAACUUCUGUUCUCUAUUAUUUGUCGUUACUGUCUCAUACAUUUGCGUCUUUCUCUCUGUAGAAGAAAAUGAUGAUCAUGCUUUGCUGUGUGAUUCUGGGGAUUGUUGUCUUUUCUUAUCUGUACAGCUUCUUUUCUUAAUGGCUGAAGUGACCUCAGGACCACAGUUUAGUCUGCUGCCCUUAUCUCCUGCCCUCGCUGCUUCUCGAUGUCUCAGAGAUGCAGUGGUUCAUACAGACAUCCCAGGGUCCAGCGCCUCCUGCUGCACACACAUCUGUGUUCAGGGGUCUAUGACGUGGACAAAGAAAGCAGCAGAGAGAGAUGAAUAUAUAUAUAUUUUCUAUUUAUUUGUGUUUCUGCCUCUUUUUCCUCAUAAUCAUAUGUCUCAUAUCGCUGUCUUAUAUUCUCAUAUAUUGUUUGGUUGUGUGUUUUGGUGUUGCUGUUAAUUGUAGUAAACUACAUCUUUUGAAUACUUCAGUAAGGGAUGUAUUUCAUGUGUUCUGUAACUAUCUAUCUAUUAAAAUGAGAUUUAAGAAAGGUG